CACCGAAGCGGAGAUGGAGGGGAUGGCGGGGCUCAGCCAGGAGGCGGUGCUGCGCUUCCUCGCCCAGCACGAGGGCCGAGUCCGCAACACGGAGCUGGUGGAGCACUUCAAGGGCGCCCUGGGCGGCGAGCCCGAGCAACGGGCCCGCGCCCGCGAGCGCUUCAAGCAGCUGGUCAACGCCGUGGCCACUGUCCGCACCGAUCCCGCCGACGGCGCCAAGUACGUGCACCUCAAGAAGAAGUUCAGCGCCGGACGCCCGCCGGCUCCCGCCCCGGAGGAGACCGGGGAGCCCCCGCCGCCCCCCGACGGCGACGCCGCCCCUCCCGCGGCCCUGCGGGGUCUGCCGCGGAUCUCGGUGACCGCGGAGCCAGGCCAGGACGAGCCGGGGGCGGGGGAGCCGCCCAGGCCCGGGCAGGUGCCACCCCAGAGCACCGAGGUCCGUCGGAGAAACUCGCGGCGCGGUGUGCAGCCCCUACCCCGGGUGCAGCCCCCCGGGCUCAGCGAGGAGCUGGAGCCGCCGGCCCCCGCCUGGGAGGAGGCGGAGGGGGGCAGCUCCCCCGGAGGGGCCACCACCCCGAGGUCCGCCCGCAAGAACUUCCGAGACAUGGUGAUGGGCAGCUCCCCGCAGAUGAAGAGGAGCUUCUUUCCCGGGGGCGGCAGCCAAGCGAGCUCCUCCGGGGGAGGGCGCGGCAGAGGUGGCGGGGACUCGGACAGCGCCUCCCUGGCGUCGUCGGCGGAGGAGGAGAGCGGCGGCGGGGGCUCGGUGACGCUGGACCCCCUGGAGCACGCCUGGAUGCUCUCGGCCUCAGACGGCAAGUGGGAGAGCCUGGAAGGGUUGCUGACCUGCGACCCCAGCCUCCUGGCCAAACGGGACUUCAUCACCGGCUUCACCUGCGUGCACUGGGCCGCCAAGCACGGCCGGCCGGAGCUCCUGGCCAUGUUGGUCAACUUCGCCAACAAGCACCAGCUCCCGGUGAACAUCAACGCCAGGACGACCGCUGGUUACACCGCCUUGCACCUGGCCGCCAUGCACGGGCACGUGGAGGUGGUGAAGCUGCUGGUGGGGGCCUACGACGCGGACGUGGACAUCAGGGACUACAGCGGGAAAAAGGCCUCGCAGUACCUGAAUCAGAGCGUCGCUGAGGAGAUCAAGAGCCUGGUGGGAGCCCUGGACGAGGUCGACGCGGAGAGUGCUGGGGGCAGUGGAGGUGGGCGCUGGAGGCUCUCCAAGGUGCUCCCCUCUCACCUCAUCACCUACAAACUCUCGCACGCCCUAGAGGAUGGAGGGGAGCACCAUCACCAUCAUCACCACCACCACCACCACCACCAGGCCGAGGCAUGGGCUGGAGGCAGAGCAAAAGAUUCCGGUCGCAAAGCCUCGGGCAGCUCUAGUGGGCGAUUGAAACCCAGACUCAACAAAAUCCGUUUCCGAACCCAGAUCAUCCACACCACGCCCUCCUUCAGAGACCUGGAGCAACCGCUAGAGGAGGAGGAGGAAGAGGAGAGGUCUCUGAAAAGCCACUCCUCGUCCUCGUUCAAACUGAGACCGAAGUCCAACGUGUUUGGGUAAAAAUAACUUCCCUUUAGGAAAACAUAGGCAUAGUCUUAGGGAAUAGACUACGGGGCAUGGGCAAGGACGGGAGGCCAGGAAAGACUAAGCCUGAAUUCCGGCUAGAAGGGUUGAGCCGGUGAAGGAAGUAGUGGCAAGGUAGUCGGGCUUUCUGCCUGUGUGCAGAUUUUCCAUCUAGCAUCCCUGGCAAAGUGGACUUUGCCUUGACCUGUGCCUUUCCUGCGCACUUCCCUUCUGGCCCUGGAGCCCAUUAUUCUAAGGACCAGAAAUAUGUCUAAAGUAGGGGGGAGGAGGGCAGGCUUUCCUUUGACCCUUGCCUACAAGACCCCUGGUUGGGUACUGGUUAUACAUUGGGCUGCUUAACUGCAAGGUCAGCAGUUUGAAACCACCAGCGGCUGCGAGGGGGAAAUUCCAGGCUUUCUACUCCAGUAAAGAGUUAGUCUCGAAAACCCACUUGGGCAUUUCUAAACCCUGCCCUACCGGUCGCUGUGAGUCAGCUUGGACUCUGUGAUAGUGAGUUUUGAGUUUUUAAAAGUUGGUUACACUUCCAAAUGCAACAGGAACUGCGCAUUGUAAUGAAAUUGAUAGUGUUACAGAGGUGAGCCAAACUACCUGCUGCCCUUAUUUAUUUACUAAUGGCAUUCCAUUGUUAAGGUACUACUGAAGGCCAGAGUUGAGAUGCAAAAGUACUAAUUAGAAUAAUGUGAAUAAAAGUGGAAAUCUCGUUUGUACCGGAUUUGUGUUGUAAGUAGCAGUACAUUUUUUUUGAAGCAGUUUCAGUUUUUAAGACUGAUGAAAAAGGCAACUUUCACUUUAACUUAAUCUGUAACCCAGUUUCUGUGUAACUCUCACACCACUACACUUGAUAUUAAGUUACUUUAAUAGUAAUACAGUUUUGUCAUUAAAAGAACACUCAGAUCCCACAGUAUAUUUCAACAAAAUAGUGCCUAUUGUUCUGAAUUGCAUUGGUUAUUUUGCUGCUCUAAAAGUGUAACUUGGCCAGGGUUCUGUUCUGGGGACCCUAGAAGCCUCGGUCCUUUUUGGCAUGACCCGCCCUACUUGAUGGUGCUUAGAGUUGCAUUGCCUAUAGAAACCGAUUCUGGUUUAGAUGGUUAGCGAAUUGGCAUAAAUGUUAGUCCUAUGCUUCUGUGAAGUAAUUUUUAAAUCAAUGAUUUUCACUUUAAGGUACACUUUUUAUUUUUACUACACUAAGAAAUAAGAUACAUUCACAGUUUCUAUGCUUUACAGCAGUUCUUACCAAUGUUUAGGUUUUAUGACAAUUCCUUGAAUCGAUUAGAAAUCUAUGGUAACGUUACUGAAAAGCUGGGUAGUAAAUUCGCCCUGUUAAAGAUAGCACUUUAUCAACAGAAAAGAGAAAGAGAUGAGGCUAUCUCCGGACUACUUACCUGCUGCUGACUAUUGAAUCCCUUGUGUAUCGAGGGAAAGCACCGCCCUUUAGUAAUGAAAGACAUAGUCUAAGUGUGCCUCUUAAUUAUAUUUCAUUCACAUUUGUUGGAGUAAAUGGCCUUAUAAUUACUUUAAUAUUUAACUCACAAACAUGUCUGUAAUGAGGUUAUAAACAACUUUCGUGGGGGACUAAUUUGAACAAGUCCUUAUCCCUGGGCCUUUUUGGUCUCAUAAUCGCUGAGAUAUAAUUACCUGCAGCCUAUAGAGAGAAAGCAGAUAAGGUAACAGCUCACAAAGUGAAUGAACCGGGUUGGCACUUCAGGGCUGCAGCAUUUAGAGUUCUUGGGUGUAUUUCCCAUGCCCCCAGUCAGAAAUUUGUAUCAGAUGUGCCAUUGCCUUUCUCUCGCUGGCAAUGAUAAAUGGAAAAUAAAUCACAUAAAACUAGUGCACAUAUACGUGCCUUUAUCCCUAUUUCAGGGUUAUGGAGAUGGUUAUGGACAUUUGAGAAGCACUUUUAUCUGCAUAUGUGGGUGAAAAAAAAGCCUACUUUUAUAUUUUAAAAAUCGGUGAAAAGGUGACAAAGUUCUGUGGUGAAAAGUAGUGAUUUGUUCUGAAAUAAAUAAAUAUACACACACACACACAUCAAACAUGUAUCUAGUCCAGAAUACAAUUUUCCGGUGAGGAAUCUGAACUUGCAUUGACGUGUAAGCUAAGGUGAACUAUAAAGAGUAGAAGCGUCAGAACCAUCUAAUUGUCCUAUUGGGCGUUCACUAUUCAUCUUCUGUGUGUGUGUUAGUAACUAAUUGCACAAAAGCUAUUCCUUCCCAAAUCUUUGCCAGUUGAGUCAAAAUUUCAUUUGCUUGCUUUUCCCAUGAAAGGCUUUUAUCUUUCCGUUGAAUAUUUUAAAUGAUAAAAUUAUCAUUCCUGAGGGAAACUGCUUCCAACCUUCAUUCUUACUUUGUGGUUGCGUGCAGUAGAGUGUAGCAUUUUCAGCCACAUAAGUUUACAUUCCUAUUGUCCAAUUUCACAUUCAAGAAACUAUAAAAAGCAAACGAUUGGUGUAACUUGUAUUUGCAGGGUUGUGUCUACCAUUAAUGGAAAUGUAUGCAUCAGAUACUUAGAUGUGUAUUGAUAUAAAAAAGUGUGUGUGGUUUUAAAAAGUACAUAUGCCCAUAUGUUUCUUACAGGUGCACUUGAACCUCGUGAAUGUUUGUCACAGUUUGGUUCAAUUUUAUGGUAUAAAAUGCAACAAGCUUAUUUAACUUGAAAAUUUGGUACAAUUGUUCUUGCCUGUGCCUGUGAAAAUGUAAGAGUCCAGAAUGUCUUGUCAUAUAUUUUUUUUUAAAGGUGAACCUUGGAGAGUUUGAGAAUGUAAAAUUUGUCUACAAAGUUAAUUUUGUUGAAAUAAAAGCCCACUAGAAUUUUCCCGUCA